CUCCACUUCCAGGCUCCGGCGGCCUGAGCCACAAACCAGAUAAGGCAAUAUCCUUUUGUAUCAUCGGAUAAAUCAUUCAUUGGGUAUUUAUUAUAGUGUGUUCUUCGUUCCAUGAUUUGGUUGAUGAAUGAACCCCUUUUUCACUUCACCCGUAUUCGCUACAUCCUUCUUCUUCUUCGUUAUUAUCGACUUGUGAUUGCUUCUAAGGCUGCAUGAGUUGUCAGGUAAGAGAGAUUAUAGCCAAGAGUUGCUUCAGAGACAAGUUAUUGAAGCACCAAAAAUGGUUUCUCUUAUCAUUUGCCGUCCGUCGAUGCUACCCAUCUCCUCUUUUCACCCUCUUCCUAGAAUACGUCAUCGCGUCUCUUCUCGUCGAUGGUUGAAUCCUCAUUUUUCAUCUCCCAGGCUAGUAAGUUAUAAAUCGAGGCUUUCAAUUACGAAUUCACAAGUAUGUGGCCAUGUUUCUACCGAAGAAGUUGAAGUUGAUGAAGCUACAAGUUGUUCCAUCCCAGUUGUUAAUCUAAAAUCGGAUUUACUUGAACCGGAACCUCUAAACUUACUUGCUGAGGACACAUAUGUUGAUGCUCUUUUGACAACUCUACCGGUUUUGUCGGAGGAGGAGCUAAAUGCUCUGGCCGCAACCCCUGCACACCCAGCUGGAUUAUAUGCCUUAUAUGGUAGUUGCCUAGCCGGGAAUUUGGUAGAACAGCUAUGGAAUUUCGCUUGGCCUGCUGCUAUUGCAUUACUCCAUCCCAGCCUUCUUCCAGUGGCAGUGAUGGGCUUCUUUUCAAAGCUUGCUGUAAUUAUUGGUGGUCCUUUAGUUGGAAAACUUAUGGAUCAUUUCCCUAGAGUACCUGCAUAUAAUUUCUUAACCAUUGUCCAGGCAUCAGCUCAGUUGGUCUCUGUUGGAAUGAUUAUUCGUGCACUUACUCUACAUUCUUCUUCAUCGUCAUCAUCUAUGUUGCCACAUCCUUGGUUCGUUGUACUUGUUUUUGCUGGAGCUAUUGAGAGACUAUCUGGUCUGGCACUUGGGGUUGCAAUGGAGCGUGAUUGGGUUGUGAUGCUAGCAGGAACCAAUCGGCCAAUUGCUCUCGCCCAAGCGAAUGCUAUUCUCAGUCGAAUUGAUUUUCUUUGUGAGAUUGCUGGAGCAUCACUAUUUGGAAUUUUUCUAGCAAAGUAUGAUCAUGUAACCUGCUUAAAACUCGCAGCUGGUUUGAUGGUUGGAGCACUGCCUAUUGUGGUUGUACUGACAUGGCUUACCAACAAGCUCUCUGCGGGGGUUCUUGACCGUGCUAAAUGUCCCUCAGCCUGUUGCAGAUAUUCUGAUGUGCGGAAUGAUGAGAAUAUAGUGAAAAUGGGUGUGGAAGCCAUCAAACAUGGAUGGGUUGAGUACAUGCAACAGCCUGUGCUUCCGGCAAGUCUAGCCUAUGUGCUUCUUUAUUUCAAUGUGGUUCUUGCUCCUGGGGGAUUAAUGACAGCAUUCUUGACACAACGCGGACUAAAUCCAUCAAUUAUUGGAGCCUUCAGUGGAUUAUGUGCUUUCAUGGGUGUUGCUGCAACAUUUGUUUCUGCAAACCUGGUCAAGCGACUUGGGGUGUUGAAGGCUGGAGCAGCUGGACUGAUUUUUCAAGCAUUGAUGCUAACUGGGGCUGUUGCAGUAUACUGGAGUGGAUCACUAAGCCAGCAGACUCCAAUUUUAUUUUUCUUAUGCUUGGUUGUACUCUCAAGGUUGGGUCAAAUGUCUUAUGAUGCUGUAGGAAAGCAAAUUCUUCAAACGGGUAUUCCUGCAUCCAAGGCAAACCUGAUUGCUACAACUGAGAUGUCUAUUGCCAGCCUUGCAGAAUCGGUUAUGUUGGGAGUUGCAAUAAUUGCAAAUGAUGUUUCACAUUUUGGAGUUCUUGCUGUGUUGUCCCUCCUAUCCGUCGUCGUUGCAUCAUGGUUGUUCUGUCGCUGGUUGGUAUUCCCACAGAUGGACGGUAAAAAAGACACUAAUUUGGCGGUCCUCGGUAGUUUUGAUUACAGACGUGAGUAAAUUAAUAGAAAUGCUUCAUAACCAGUCCUUAGAUCACUUUUUAUAGAAUUUUCUAACCAGAACACAGUCAAAUGACUAGCCUUGUCCGACAGUGGUGUAAUUUUAUUCCAGUAGAACAAGAAGAAGAAGACCAAGGUGAUGGAGGAACCUUGUACAAUUAUUAGAAUCAUCACAAAAGAGGCAAAGGUUGUUCAUAUCAUGUGAAUUAGGAAAACACUAAAGAAAGAAGAAUUCAACCAACACCAACACGUGCGUGUACAGAGCAUAUAAAUAUUAUAUUAUUGAAAGGUUUGGAUUCUCUCAUUCGAUCUGAUAGAAAGUGUGUUGCUAGAUUUGUUUUGUGCAUACAGAAUGAUCUAGUUUACUAGUAAAUACCAUUGAUGUAUUUUCUCUCCUAACAUGUUAAUUAAACUAUUCUAGCAACUAUUUAAGAUCUCAGGUACCAACUAUUUAAGUGAA